AUGGCUGCAUUUAUUAUAGUGGGACUCUACUGGUAUGAAAAUGGUAAACUUAUAAACAGUGAUGUGUUACAACACUGUGUCCAGCAGCCAGUAGGACAGAAAACCAAGCAGGAACCGCAGGACGGCAGGUGGCUUCAGAAAUCCCAGCUAAACGGCGUUGCAGGGGAAAGCUCAACAGACUCCACCCGCAGUGAGAAAAUGGUACGGAUUGAAGUGGAGAAGGAGAUUCCCAUGUGUGUAUCUCUGCCAAUCGAGGUGAUAAGCCCUGAGCAGACCUUUCCUUUCUUGAACACCACACUCGCGGACCUGGGCAUUGAGGAAUCAGCAGUAAAGGAGCAGGUGGUGUGGGUGGACACCAAGCGCACGCUGGUGAAGAGCAAGUCUGGGAAGCUGAAGGAGAAGGAGGUGACAGUGCUGGAGGUGCGUGUUAGAGCGCAGCACCCUGGACGAGACAAGUGCCAAGAGGUCCUCUACAGCACUGAGUGGCGCACGGACCGCGCACACUGCCGCAGCGGAGUGACCAUCCUGCCCUGGCCCUACCCUCAGCCAGCUAAAAAUGAGAUGACCCUGGCCUUGGAUACCCAGUCCCAGUGUGAGAAGAACGAGGACUCAAAAGAGGUGCCAAGUGUGGAAUGA